AUGAUAGAAACUAAAUAUUUAAUAGAUAAAGGUGACAAGCUAGUAUUACCAGAAUGUGUAGUUCCUCAUCUAUAUGAUCUACAUUUGACACCGAAUUUUAAUGACUUUACAUUCAGUGGUUUUGUCGAUAUCUCUAUCAGAGUGCUGCAACCUACCAAAACAAUCGUAAUUCAUUCGAUCGAUCUGGUGUUACAAAGUGCUGGCAUUGUUUCUGAACAAUCUGCCGUUUCAAUAGAAUACUAUACACCAGAACAGGUAGCCAUUAUCAACUUCAAAGAUGAAUUGCAACCAUCUGAUUCCAACAACAAGGUUCUUUCAAUCAGGUUCACUGGUAUCUUGAAUGACAAGCUUAAAGGAUUCUACAGAUCAUCAUACAAAGUUGAUGGAGAACAACGUUACAUUGCAACCACUCAAUUUGAAGCAACAGAUGCACGUCGUUCAUUCCCAUGCUUUGAUGAACCUGCACUCAAAGCUAUCUUCAGAAUCAACCUGACAGUUCAAUCCAAUCAUAUAGCACUUUCAAACAUGCAAGAGAAAUCAAUCACUGAACACUCUGAAAAUUCAACUAAAACUUAUAUAUUUGAAGAUACACCAGUGAUGUCUACUUAUUUGGUUGCAUUCUGUGUUGGUGAAUUCGACUAUGUUGAAUCGAAAACGAAACAAGGAAUCAGAGUAAGAGUUUAUCAAGUUCCAGGAAAGAAGAAAGAUGGAGAGACUGGUGAUUUCGCACUUCAGAUUGCAGUUGAUUCACUCUCUUACUUUAUCGAGUAUUUCGACAUUCCUUAUCCACUGACCAAGUGUGAUCAUGUCGGUAUUCCUGAUUUUGCAUUUGGUGCCAUGGAGAACUGGGGAUUGAUCACCUAUCGUGAAUCUACAAUUCUGUCGUCAAAGAACACACCUGUUCGUAGAAAGAAACGUAUCGCUUACGUAAUCGGCCAUGAGGUGGCACACCAAUGGUUUGGCAAUCUUGUUUCACCAGCAUGGUGGUCACAACUCUGGUUGAAUGAAGGUUUCGCAACAUUCAUGGGAAACAAAGUCACCGACCAUCUCUUCCCACAAUGGAACGUUUGGAUCGAUUAUAUCAAUAACGAAGCGAUGGAGUUGGAUUGCUUGGCAAACUCUCAUCCCGUUGAAGUUAAAGUUCAUUCUUCCUCACAAAUCUUUGAAAUAUUUGAUGGUAUUUCCUAUCAAAAAGGUUCAUUGAUUAUUCGUAUGUUGGAGAAUCGUUUCGGUGAACAAUUCAGACUUGGAUUAUCACAAUAUCUCAAGAAACAUUCCUUUGGUAACACCACUACAGAAGAUCUUUGGCAAUCUAUUUCCCAAGCCACAGGAACCAAUGUCAACGAUUACAUGAAUAACUUCACCAAGAAAUCAGGUUUUCCUGUUUUAAACUUCAAAAGAAUGGAAUCAUCCAAAGCUGGAGAAAAAAUCUUUGAGGUAUCGCAACGUCAAUUCAGACUCUCAGGUGAAGAGCAACCAGAUGAUCCAAUUUGGAAUUGUUUCGUACAAAUCGAAACGAACAAUGGAUCAUUUAACUUUUUGUUGGAUCAAAAAGUAAAGACAUUCUGUAUUCCUGAAUUCCAAUGGAUGAAACCAAAUUUUGGACAAUCUGGAUACUUCAGAAUUGAAUAUGACAGUGAGAUGAUCAAGUCAUUGAUUCCAUCAAUCAAAUCACUUUCAUUACCAGCAACCGAUCGUCUUGGUAUUCUAUCUGAUACAUUUGGGAUGUGCAGAGCUGGAAUCGCACCAAUUUCAAUGUUUAUGGAUUUGGUAUCUGGUUUUAUCAAUGAAACAGAAUCUGCGAUUUGGGAUUCGAUAGUUUCAAAGUUGGGUCAACUCUAUGAUCUAUCACUUGGCAGUAGCUACUCUGAGAAAUUCAAAGCAUUCCUAUUGAAACUCUACAAACCAAUCGCAACAAAAGUUGGAUUCCUACCACCAAAGGAUUCAUUGGAGGAAUCAUCUGGACAAGCUCUCUUACGUGAGAGAAUCCAUAUCACACUUGGUCAACUCGGUGAUAACCACGUUGUAAUUCAAUGCCGCACUUAUUUCAAUGAGUUUAGAGAUAAUCUGAACAAACUUCAAUCAGAUAUCAAACCUUAUGUAUUACCAACUACGAUUCGACAUGGAAAUGAGGUUGACCAACAAUGUGUCAUUGAAGAAUAUCGCAAAUCCAAUGUGUCUGCAGACAGAAAUCUAUAUCUCCGCUCUUUAUCAAGCACAACUAAACCUGAUAUGGUCAAGAAAGCACUUGAUUUCUCAUUGUCAUCCGAUGUCAGAUCUCAAGAUACCUAUAUUGGAUGGAUUGCCAUUCCAACAAGUGCACAACCACUUGUAUGGGAUUACUUUGUAUCGAAUUUCGAUUCAAUCAAAAAGGUAUUUGGUGAAUCAAGACUCAUCAUUCGAUUGAUCAGCAGUUCACUCCCGAAAAGAGCGAAUGCAACACAAAUUCAAUUCUAUCAAAAGUUCUUUUCAGAACAUAUCAUUCCUGUUGCUGAUCGUUCCACCAAGCAAUCUCUCGAAGAUAUGGAAAACAAUGAGAGAUUCUUCAACUCUUUCAACAAUGUAUUGGGUAAUUGGUUAAACUCAAAUGAGAAAUAA